GUGGGGGUGGAGGGAUGCUACUGCGGUUCUGUGUCAUUACUGUCUGUGUCUGAGAGAGAGAAGGAGUAGGGAAGAGAGAGAGAGAAGGAUCUCUGCGUUUUACAACCUCAGUGAGAACAGGGAUACCUCAAUGAACCUUUGCAACUCCCCUGUCACAAUUUAAACCGGGACACGCAGAGAAAGACGCAGUAACUUCAUUGCUCGGAUUGUGUUUUGUUUUAAAUUUGAUUUUUGUUGGUUAUUUAUUUUUGAAGGGGGCUCGGGGGGUGGAAGGGACGUGUGCGCGCCCGAGAUGAGAGUGAGAAGCUGCCAAACUGCAGAUGCGGUGGUGUCGAAGUGUGCCGUGCACUGAGAGGCUGCUGUUCGAGUAUUUGUGGGGGACGGAUCGAUACCCACUGAAGGACUAAGUGCCAUCCUUUGGAGCACACGCGCACAUACAUCAAGGAGGGGGGGGGGGGGGUCGGGGAGGAAAGAAACAAGCCCCCGCUGCACAAAGCCCCGAGACAUGGGCAACAGUUUCUCCAACGUGUCGGCGUUUCAGUCCCUGCACAUUGUCAUGUUGGGGCUGGACUCGGCGGGCAAGACCACCGUCCUGUACCGGCUCAAGUUCAACGAGUUCGUCAACACGGUGCCCACCAUCGGCUUCAACACCGAGAAGAUCAGGCUCGGCAACGGCACCACCAAGGGCAUCAGCUGCCACUUCUGGGACGUGGGCGGUCAGGAGAAGCUGAGGCCGCUCUGGAAGUCGUACAGCCGCUGCACCGACGGCAUCAUCUACGUGGUGGACUCGGUGGACGUGGACCGCCUGGAGGAAGCCAAGACCGAGCUGCACAAGAUCACCAGGAUCUCGGAGAACCAGGGCACCCCGCUGCUGGUCAUCGCCAACAAGCAGGACCUGCCCAAGUCCCUGCCGGUGGGCGACAUCGAGAGGCAGCUGGCGCUGCAGGAGCUCUGCCCCUCCACCCCUUGGCAUGUGCAGCCCGCCUGUGCCAUCAUUGGAGAAGGGCUGCCGGAGGGCAUGGACAAACUGUACGAGAUGAUUGUGAAACGGAGGAAAGCCCUGAGGCAGAAGAAGAAACGCUGAGCGCACACGGAGGCAAAUAUUUUGGGGGAAAGAAAGUGACUUUGUGAUUGAGAGCUCCAAAGGUACUGUAUUAAACGUGCAGAUCGAUCUAUAUAUAUAUAUAUAUAGAUUAUAUAUUUAUUUAACAUAAAUAAUAAGACAACCGUCAGAUGGCAUGAUUAGACUGUUGCAAGAGUGCAGAGAACCAGAAUCGAAACCUGUUUCAUUGCACCAUUCCCCGGACACUAGAUGUUGGUGCUGAGCACACUGCACUGGGGAGGGGAAUGCCAGCACUUGAGGGUUUUUUGCUUCACAAAGAAGGGAAAAAAAACCCCAAAAAAACUGUGAAUGCACUGAGGGUUUUUUUUCUCUCUCUCUAUCUCUGUGUGUGUGCUUGCUUUCCCCUCCUGGCCAGCCACUUAAGGACCCGUGCCGCCGCCACACUUCACUCUGGGAAGAUGAAGAGAUUUUGCCCUGGUCACUUUAAGACUGCUGUCGAGCGUGGGACGUUUUCGAAUAGAUUUUUGUACAAAAAAAAUACGAAAGACAAUCCCUUCCAGUAUUUGAUGUUUUCCCAGAAAAUGGAUCCACCGUCCAAAUCGCUGCGUUUUAUUUUCUUUCACUCACCGUCCCCCCCCCCCUCCCCCCUCCCCAACUUGGCUUCGACUGUUGGAAAGACGACGUGUUCUGAGGAAAAGAAUUGAGAUUCUGCUCUUGAUCGGUUUCGUGAAACCUGUUGUAAAAGCCGCCUCUGAGCUAUCUGGGCCACUUGAGAGAAUCAGUGGGCCGGACAAAGGUCGGCUAAUGUGCAGAAUGGAGGCCCUUAUCUUUUGCAGCUCCUCUUCGGCUAUACCUUCUUAAGUUUAACAUUUUUUAAUCGAUUAUUAAACUGACUUAGGUAAGGCUGGCCCUCACCUUUAUUUCAUUAUGUACUCUAUGUAUUUAUCUGCAUUUGGUACUUUAAAAAUGUCUUUUACCAAUACAGUUGGCGGUAAGGAUGAAUUAUGAU